AUGAUAAUUGAUCAGAACGAUAUUGCGUGCUCUGGUGACUCCAAUGACUAUACCAAGCGCAAGCUCCUUGCAGAGAUCUGGAACUCCAGUUUGGGUGGAGGCGGUGGUCAUGGGGGAUGUAGUCUUCGACGCAGGCUAUCCUCCUCCAUCUCCUCCUCCUCCACCCUGGGUCUUGCCAACCCGCCUCUCUCGGCGGCGGCCAUCCCCUCGCCACCACCUCACAUUCCUGUCCCCUCUACGGAGGACACCACCACUCCGCCGCCCCCACCUCUCAUCGCCCUCUUGUUCGUCGAAUGGGGCGAGAAGUACUGGUACGACGCCCACUACGACUACCUGAACGCGGUCGUCGCCGGGCGAGAGCCGACGCUGGCGUGGGCUAACAUCCAGGCCGUCGAGUACUGCAAUACUUUGGAGGCCGUCGACCCAGCCACCCCCGCCCGCUUUGCUCGGUGGGGUGAGGCUGCUCGCUUAGCGUGA